GCCACAUUAAGAGAAUUUGCAUCUCGUCACAUCAUGUUCUUUUUUGUCGUUUUCUUCUUCCUCUUUUUUAUCAGCUCAUUUCGAUCAUAAGACGUGUAUUUUAAACUGGAGUUUAUUCAAAAUAAUGCUUUAAUAUUCAAAUUGUUGCCAGCCAGCAGUUGUAUUUAGCAAUUAAACCGCUAACAAAUUAGCGUUUCAGAUGGACGACAACUGCCACUGACUUCCGGACUCUCUCACAUGAGUAUACCUACUCGGCACAACAAUCCAACUGAUGGUCGUAUGGGUCUCGAAUCCUAUAAUCAGUAGACAAGUAUGUUGCCGCUCGUGCCAAAAUUGACGUUACAUCCUUUUGGUCCCCUAUAACAUUAGGAGCUUGAGAAAGAUGGCCCACGAUACCUUCAUUCUUUCCUCAGCUUUGAUGGCUAUUCUGUUUGUACCAGCAGCGCUUACGUUAACCUCAAGAGAUAGACAGAUGAAUGAUUUUGAUUCGAAAAUGUGGAUAUCGAGGGUAGUCACUGAACGUAUUUGGGAUUACGAUAUAACGUCAAAUAAAAAUCCGCUCUGCACGCAACAUUUUAACGUUCUACGCCAGCAUCAAGCAAAUUUCACCACGUGGGCUUUGCAGAUGUUAGAUGCAUCUGAUCUGAUUCCGGCUGGUUUUCUUGUUGGAGACGGGUAUCGAAUUGGCAAUUUCGAUGAAUGCAUUCAUGCUAACGUUCCAGAAGAACUAGCGUUUUCACCGCAGUACUGUUUACCUUCCUUUACAAUCGUUCAAGAGACAAAUAUUCAAAAAUCUGCUGAAACCUCUGACGAUUGGAGAGAGCCCGUAUGGAGGAGGCUUCAGGCCGUAAGCAGAACCAACGUUCCAAAGAAUCGUUUCAGCCUGUCAUUUUGUAUACCAAGCACUUGUUCAUCAGACGACUUGCAAACUUCCUUGCAAAGACUGUUCCGCGAAUUGACGAGGCCUCUUGGAUACGACCUUAAUGUAACCGUCAAUGACCUCCAUUGCACCACAGGGAAGGACCAGCCCAAAUCCAUUGGUUAUACGAUAAUGAGGUAUUUCUUGUUGAGCGCAACAGGUGUCUUAAUAUUUUGUUCUGCAGCAGACAUUAUCUUGGCGGUGACGAAGGGAGAAAAGCAUGAUAUUAAUAAUUGUUCAAUUGCGAAAGCCUCAGGGAUAGAAAAAUGGCUGAUACCAUUCUCUAUGUACAGGAACUGGAGUCAGUUAGUGGCUUCACCUACAUCUUCGGGCGAUUACAGGAUACUUAACGGCAUCAAAACAGUACUGAUGACCAUGACAAUAGUGGCACAUCGAUCCAUGUUUACUGCUGAGCGAGUGGCGUUAACUAACUGGUCUUAUUUUGAAAGGAGAUUUCAUGAAUUCAGCAUCUUCUUUGUUGGAAUGCCCAUACCAGACAUUUUUUUCUCAAUAACCGGCUUUUUACUCUGUCUCUCUAUGCUGAAACAAUUAGAGAAAAAAACUUUCAAUGUGUCAGUACACGCGGCAAAUAAGUUGCUCAGAGUCAUGCCUCCGUACAUGUUCGUCCUGGCUUGCUUUAUCUUCAUUUUUCCGCACACAGGCGACGGACCAUUCUGGAAAACGACGACUGAGGCAGACAUACGAUUCUGCCAGAAAAAUUGGUGGAUGAAUCUUCUGUUCAUCAACAACUACAUCAAACCAGGCGAAUGGUGUCUCCCGCACUCUUACUACAUUGCCGCUGAUAUUCACUUCUUCAUCGUGGGUUCGCUCAUUGUCCUUUCUUGUUGGCGGUGGAAGUCACUCAAGUGGAUUAUUUUGGGUUCUGCCCUUGUUUUGAGUGCCUUGAUUCCAUUGAUGAUCACUUAUCUCAAUCGCUAUGAGGGACUCUUAAAACUCUAUCCUGAUUUUGCUAUGAAUCCGAGAAAUCACAAUAUGCUGUUAAAUGUGUAUAUGAAGAGUCACAAUCGGUUUGGUGGAUAUAUAACUGGCAUUUUGGGGGCGUUUUGGAUGAGAUAUCUUCAGGAAAGACGUCUAAAGUUUUCAAAAACUAGAGCUUGGGCAGGCGUUUUUAUUGGUGUCGCGAUGAUUGCUACCAUCACAUGGGUCAGACAUUUACUCCACCUUCCAACUACUGCGUAUAAUGUGAUCGCGCACGCAUUAUUCGCUGGUCUGAACGCUCAGAUAAUAUCUGCAGGUGUCAUAAUCAUUGUUGUGGUCCAAAUUACUACAGAUUUCGGUGCCUUGGAUUCCUUAUUCUUGACUCAAAACUUCUUCACACUGUUCAGUAGACUCAGUUUUUGGGCAUUUCUCAUCAAUAUGCCACUCAUCAUGGCGAUGAUUGGCUCCUUCAAAGCUCGUGUCCACAUUACUUAUGAAGAUAUGAUAUAUGGAGGCCAGCAUUGGGGUGAUGUGGUACUGACGUAUUUUGUAUCGUUCUAUUGUUACUUGCUGGUUGAUGCUCCCAUAAGCUAUGUCAGACCGGCUAUCUUGAAAAAUCUCUCAAGGAAGCAGCCACAUACUGAAAAGACUCUAUGAUAAUAGCUAUGGUUGAAAUGUGUGAAACAGAAUGUUGAAUUCUGUAAUUAUACUCGUUUAUUAAGUUAUUCCCAUUGCGUUAAAAUAUGUUGAAGAAGGAUACUCGUACAACUAUGCUGAUAGGAGUGUAGAAUGCAAUGUAUUUUCAAUUUUUCAGGGUCUCUAAAUGCUAGAAAAAAACAUUCAUUGGUUCAAAUAGUAGGUACUGAAAGGACAUUUUAUACAGGAGUUAGGUACUAUUUUCAAUUUUUCAAAUAAUUAAUAUUAGCUGAUUUUUGUCAGGAAGGCUCUUCUUAUAAUGCUAAUUUUGUUGAAUCUUUCCCGCAACUCGCACCAUUUUUGCAAGAAUAAAAGUCAUGGUGUGCAUGCACUUCUUUCUUGUAAAGUUUGAUCAUAAAAUAUUGUCUCAGGCUCCAAAACAAGUAGCGCUCCUCUAUUAAACUUUUCAAUUGUGAUUUUUGGAAGCUCUGAGAGAAAAACAAUGCCUCCCCUAAGCUGUUUAGACGGAGCCACCAUCUCUGUAAAAAUAAUCAUUAAACAUAAAUUAGUCACUCAUUUACUUACAAUUUGCAUAUAUCGAUCAAUUUUAACAACCUCAGAGCAUAGCUGUAAUUGAAAAAGUAGCAUGUUUCCAUAGGCACUCAGAAAUAUUUGAAUACAAUCAAAAGUUAUCAUGUCAUAGCUUUGAGACUAACAUGGAGCUUUUGAAAUGAUAUGACAGUCGACUUUACUUUGCAGCAAUGGGUUGAAGGUGCGAAAAGUGGCCUCAUAAUAAUGCUACGUAUUAGUUCUGUUAGCGAAAUAAACAUUAAUGGCUCAAGCAA